ACGGGGUAAAAAAGACGGAGAAAACAAGGGUUCACCGAUAUGUUGUUAAAUAUUCACGACUCAUCACAGCUGGCCGAUAGCCGGCGGUUGGGAACUGUGCUGUUAUUUCUAUUAAUAGAGCUGUUCUUUGAUGGUGCUGAAACUGCCUCACAAGCUGAAAUCGAUCGGCAUCUAGAAAUUGGUCGAGACUUCCUGGCCCGAGGUCAGCUGUCGGAUGCGUUAACGCACUACCAUGCAGCUGUUGAGGGUGACCCAAACAACUAUCUUACCUACUUCAAGCGUGGCACCGUGUACUUCGCCCUCGGGAAGGCCAAAUUUGCCAUCAGCGACUUUACGCGCGUGCUCGAACUGAAGCCCGACUUUACCGCGGCCCGAGCGCAGCGUGGUUCCGUGUACCUGAAGAUGGGCGACUUUGAAAAUGCCGAGCUAGACCUUAUGGUUGUGCUGCGCAUGGAUCCACACAAUGCGGAAGCAAACGUACAUUUUAGCCGCAUUGGACCAGCCCGCGACCAGUGGAUACUGUGUGUGGAUUUGAUGGAGCGAGGUGAUUUUAAUACAGCCAUCGCACUGCUCACCCAACUGCUUGAGGUGUGUCCUUGGUCGGUACCGAUUCGUGAAUCCCGUGCCCAGAUGUACCUGCGGAUCGGUGACCGUAUGGCGGCGGUUAGCGAUUUCCGAUCGGUUAAUCGAUUGUCGCACGACAGCACGGACGGUUACUACCAGCUGUCCCGCAUCCUGUACGAUAUUGGUGAUUCCGGUGCGGCACUGAAAGAGAUCCGCGAGUGUCUGAAGCUCGACCCGGAGCACAAAGAUUGCUUCCCGUUCUACAAGAAAAUCAAAAAGGUGGAUAAAGUGUACGUGGACGCACAGCAGGCACGGGAAGAGCAGCGGUACAGGGACUGUGUAGCGGGGGGCGAAAAACUAGUCAAGCUGGAACCGGACGUUCCGAUGAUCGUGUACAAUGGUAAGCAGCUGCUGUGCAGUUGUCUCGUUAAGGAGGAAGAGUUUACCGAUGCUGUUGUACGGUGUCGGGAAGCGCUCGACAUCUAUCCCGAUCCGGAGGUAAUGUGUGAUCGGGCCGAAGCACUGAUUGGUGCGGAAAUGUACGAUGAAGCGAUCGCCCAGUACCGGGAAGCGCUCGACAUUAACGAUAAUCUGCAGCGAGCGAAGGAUGGCAUUGAACAUGCGCAGCGCGUACAAAAGCAGGCGGAAAGGCGAGAUUAUUACAAAAUACUAAACGUUAAGCGUACCGCGACAAAGCAGGAAAUUGUGAAAGCAUACCGAAAGGCGGCCCAAAAGUGGCACCCGGACAAUUUCCAGGGCGAUCAGAAGAAGAUGGCGGAGAAGAAGUUUAUCGAUGUGGCCGCUGCGAAGGAGGUGCUGACGGAUCCGGAAAAGCGACGACAGUUCGAUGCCGGACAGGAUCCGCUCGAUCCGGAAGCGGGCCGGAAUGGGUUCGGUGGAGGUAAUCCGUUCCAUCACUUCCAUCACGGGUCACCGUUCCAGUUUAAGUUCCACUUUACGUAAUGUGUGUC